AUGGAAGGUCCACCGUUUUCUUCUUUCCACCUGCCCGAUCCGUCUUUUGACCACGUAUCUCAGCGUUACACGAUGAGCCUUAUAACAGCCAUAAUCAAUAUAGUAACAGCCUCUCUCGCUGUCAUUUGCAACCUUUUAAUUUGCGCUGCUAUCAUAAUUCGGCUUCGAACACCAUCGAACCUUUUGAUCGCAAGUUUGGCCCUCUCGGAUGUCUUUGUUGGUCUUGCAGUUCAGCCGGGUUACAUCAUGUACCGACUCAUGGAAAAUCAGCAUCGUUCCGUUCCCUGCUUUGUCAGAAUUAUAUAUGCAAAUGCUUUCUACAUUUGCUAUGGAGUGGCCCUUAUGACGCUAGCUACUGUCAGUUACCAGCGGUUCGUAGCAGUUCGUCUUCGGGCAAGGUACAAUGCUGUGUUCUCCCCCAGGCGAAUAAUGAAGUAUACGGCGUUUAUCUGGGUUUUCAAUAUUAUUUUCACAAGUCUGCAGUGGGCCGGUGUUAACAAGAUUUCAAAAGGGAUGCAUUUGGUGGCUUGGUUCACGUCUCUCGUUAUCGCUGCAGUGGCAAAUAUGGGAAUCAUUUUUAAUUUGCGCCAAAAUCGAAACCGAAUGCAACCUGCCAAUUCUAACCUGCUUGAACGGAGUCAAAGGCAAAGAGAACUGAGGUUGACAAAAAGUGUGUCCUUCAUCGUUGGGGUCUACUUAAUGUUUAACUUGCCUGUCCUAUUUGUGACGCUUUAUAAUCAGAUACUGGGGAGAGAUAUCAAGACAUACAACCACUACAGCUGGACAGAAACUCUUGCUUUUCUCAAUUCGUGCACAAAUCCAUUGGUGUGUUGUUGGAAAAGUCGCGAAAUCCGUCAUGCGGUGAAAGCAAUAGUAGACAGAAUUAUCCGCAAAUAGAAUACUUUGAGAUUGGAGCUCGAAAGAGAUGUCAAUUCUUGCACGAAUCCAAUGGUGUGUUGUCGGAAAAGUCAGGAAAUCCGUCACGCUUUCAAAGAAGUCCUGAACAAAAUAUUUUGCAAAUAAGAAACGUCUUCAUUUAAAAGAGAAAACAGAAGGAAACGUACAGGCAAAUACGUAUGCUUUAAUAAUCUUAGCUUCUAAUGGUAUGGAUCGUUUUUAGCUUCCCUUUUUCCUCUGUCAUGUGAGCGAUCUUUGGUAAUCUUAAACUCUCGCUUUGUUCCCUCCAUGAAAAGUUCGUAUCAAUCAUUGGCUGCAAACUCCGCAUAACACUAAACACAGCUUCUUCCAGCGAGGCAUCCAGCAGGCCUUUUUCAAUUUUGUCCUUGUGUGUAUAUGAACAUAUUUACCAAUGGAAAUAAUACGAGUUGAAUUAUUCAAUACUUUCCAAUACAAGAGCUUUUUAAGACUGUUAGGCGGACUUCUGUGUUCUAGUGUUCCCAUAUGAAACAUAGAUAGUUAUCUAAGAGUCAACUGCCUGAAGGAUCUUUAAAUUCACUGAAACCUAAAUGUUUCAACUCUAAUACAAGGUUUUCCUCUUUUUUCCGUUCUCUUACGUUACCCUAGCGUUUUUGCAUUGCGUCUCUGCAAGUAACACUCUACAAAGGUUUCUUCACUUCAUGAGAUGUCAUUCCAGAAAAGCAAAUUUAUUCUGAACAGUUCUCUAACCAUGUCAGUGUGCCUCAAAGUAAACCGAAACCUGGUUAGCCCCCUUAGUAUACUGUUUGAAUUCAAGUUUGAAAUCCAAGGAACCAGAAGGUCAGUUAUUAAAUUUAUAUAUGAAAAAAAGCAUAAUCAUAUGGGAUCAUCCGACUCAACUGCAACCAUUCUAGCUUGAGGCCGUUGAUAUUUCCCCAAAGAAAACUUUUUCAAUCGUCUUAGGUUAGAAUACAGUUAUUCCCGCGAAUAUAAAUUACCAGAUGCCAGUUCUCUUACUGAAAAACUGUCAAACGACUUUCGACAGCUGCGUUUUCACCUCCCUAUGAUUCAAAUCUACCAUCUCUUUACAUUUCUAGCGUGUCAUACAAGUCGAAAUUAAAGGCAUUUUUCAUUUUUUAUUUGAUAAUUAAAUAACUGGAAAGUGGACCCAAAUGUAUUAACCGAAGAAGGCUUUAAUAUUCACUGACAGUAUAAGCAAAACGUUUCCAAGGCUAUGCUUUCAUUUCCUUGUAUAUUGCAUCUGCUAAAUGGAGGGUAAUAACUCCGAGCGAGAAAAUUCCAGUUUUUGUCUUGCUGAUCCAUUCUUCCAUAAAGCUCAUGAACAGUUUACAAUCAACCUUGUUACAGUCAUCUUUAAAACUGUUACAGGUUCAGUCGGUGUCAUUACAAAUUUGAUCUUUAUUGAACAUGUUCCUAAUUGAGAUCAUCCAGUAUGUUUUAAAGUUAAAAUAGCACUGAAGUUUUUAUUUAGAAAAAUACAAAAAAAACGUUUCUAAGGUACUAUUUUAAUUUCCUUACAUAUUGCAUAGCUUUUUUUACACUGGCAAUGCUGUGCUGGUCAGUACUGUAUAGUUUUCUUUACACUGGCAAUGCAGUUUUGUUUAAUGCUGCUGAUAUAAAACUAGCUAUAGCUUUUUCAGCUGCGACAUGAUUAAGCCUGUCCCGGUUGGCGAAUUCCUAAAAGCCUUUUAAAUAGAUAUCCGCCUUUUUGUUAAGUAGCAAUAACUGUUGUUUGAUUUAACUUAUUUUUCUCAGCUACAACGAAACUAUACUUCAAAAUGGAAGUGUACUAAAUGGAUUUGCCAUGCAAUGGCCAUUAAAGUUAUUUACUUUGGAACAGGGCACUAAUGCAUUAAAACGUUUCAAUUAUAUCAGGGCCAUUACAGCUCUGAUCUUCAUUGAAGAAGUCAUAACCAAGGAACCGGCCUCUGCGAGAUGGAGGGUAAUAACUCCAAGCAAGAAAAUUUAUGUUUCGAUCUUGCCAAUCCAUUUUUCCAUAAAGCUCAAGAACGGUUUACAGCCAACCUUCUUACAGCCAUCAUUAACAGUGUUACAGCUCCAGUCGGCGUUAUUGCAAAUUUACUGAUUGUCACCGCCAUCUUUGGUUGUCCUCGUCUCCCAACUCCCUCUAAUCUAUUUGUUGCUUCCUUAGCUCUUUCUGAUGUGAUUGUAGCUGUAACAGUCAAGCCUGGAUAUAUUGCAUACAGGUUCAUGGAAAGCCAGCGUCGUUUGGUUCCUUGUUUUGUGAGGAUAAUGUAUAAUUUGGCUUUUUUUAUUUGCUUUGGAGUAUCUUUCAUGACUUUAAGCGCUGUCAGUUAUGAGCGCUUCGUAGCUGUUCGACUGCGAGUUAGGUACAACGCCCUCUUUUCUUCGACGCGAGUUGUGAAAUAUGUUCUAAUCAUUUGGAACGUGAAUGUUUUGUUAACAGCUCUUAAAUGGGCUGCUAUUGUAUCUGUGGUUGAAAAAAAUCCAUAUGAUGGUUUAGUCAACCUAUUUUUCUUGUUUUCUGUAGCCACCCAGAUUGGCGUCCUCUACGUUUUGAGAAGAUCUGUGUUUUAG